ACACACUGAACAUCUUGAGUAGUUUAGAGCCAGUCCACGGCAACAUUAGAGGAGAGAAAGCAGAGGAGGCGUGUGUGUGUGUGAGAGUGUGUGUGUGUGUGCUGAGCAGUGAGAGUAAAAGCACAGUGACUUCUCUUUUUUGUGGAGUGUUGGUGGCUCAGUGUGUGUCAGUGUGUGUGUGAGAGAAGACAGAGGAGCAGAGUACAUGUGUGUCUGUGUUGUUGAAGGAGAUGCUGCUGGGUGUGAUGGCUCUUUUGCGUUAGUAUUUGUGCGGACAGGAGAGUUGGAGGCAGUUGUUUUGUGGGACUCGCGGGGAAUGGCAAACUCCACGGUAUCCUUGGAAACAUCCGACUAAAUGACAAUGGCCGAGGCGAUCUGCUGCACUUUGGUGAACUGUAACUGCGACAGCUUCAAGCCUGGGAAGCUGAAGAGGAGGCAGUGUGAAAACUGCAAGCAUGGCUGGGUAGCACACGCCCUGAGUAAACUGAAGGUGCACCACAUGUACCAGAGCAGCCAGGUGGAGAUUGUGCACUCCAACGUGGUGUUCGAUAUCUGCAGCCUGAUGCUGUACGGCACCCAGGCCAUCCCCAUCCGCCUCAAGAUCCUCCUGGACCGCCUGUUCUCUGUCCUCAAGCAGGAGGAGGUCAUCCAGAUCCUCAACGCACUCGACUGGACGCUGCAGGACUACAUACGAGGAUAUGUGCUCCAGGAUAUAGCAGGAAAGGUACUGGACCGCUGGGCCAUCAUGACGUUCGAGGAGGAGAUUGCCACGCUGCAGCAGUUCCUGCGUUUCGGCGAGACAAAGUCCAUAGUGGAGCUGAUGGCUCUGCAGGACAAGGAGGGCCAGGCGGUGUUGGUUCCCAGUACCCGCACCAACUCAGACAUCCGCACUUUCAUUGAGCGCAACACCCCACGCACCGCUGCCAACCUCUCCACAUCCAAAGUUGAAAAGCUGAGCAGCAGCAGCAUGCACCACUUUGAGAACUUUGUCAACAGCAUGGCGUUCAUGCUGCCCUUCCAGCUGUUAGGCUCUGUUCCUGCACCGUUUCUGGGCUCACCGACCGGGGCACCACAGCAGCAGCAGCAGCACCAGCAACACCAGCAGCACCAGCAGCCAUGCCGCGGGUCAAUGGAGCAGCAGACUCAGAGACGAGACGAUCAGUGUCGGGAUGGUUUAGGGAGGGACAACCCGCUCUCUCUUUCACACCCUCCAGAGAACAGCCUGCUGGGAUCCAGCUCCGUCUCAUAUACUGGUGAUCUCGACCGAAGUGGAGACAAGACGAUGGACAGCCUCUCCACCACCACUAAGAUCGAGGCAGAGGACUUCUCCACGAGUGACAACUACUCAGAUGGACCCUCCACACCGUGCACACCCUCUAUGAGCUCUGAUGUAACACAGAUGUCCCCCGACGGCAAGCUGCGCUCUCUGGACAGGAAUGGGAGCGGCGGUGGAGGGGUCUCAGGAGGCGGUGGGGGAGGAUGCUCUCUGAAGAAGGGUCGCGUGUUUUGCAACGCCUGUGAGAAGACAUUCUACGACAAAGGCACGCUGAAAAUCCACUACAACGCAGUGCACCUGAAGAUCAAGCACAAGUGUACCAUUGAGGGCUGCAACAUGGUGUUCAGCUCGCUGCGCAGCCGCAAUCGCCACAGUGCCAACCCCAACCCGCGGCUACACAUGCCUAUGAACCGCAACAACCGGGACAAAGACCUGCGGGGCAGCUUGUCUGCUGACGAGAGCUCUCAAGGAGAGAAGAGGCCUGAAUAUGGAACCCCCAUCCCUGUCUGCACCUCAGAAAGCCAUAAGUCAGUGCCCAGCUACAUGGUGAGCCAUGUGGACACCGGCUCUAAACUCCACAGCAGCUCGUUCCCCAGCAUGGGCCAGAGUGGCAUCCUCUUCCCUAACCUUAAAACAGUACAGCCAGUCCUGCCUUUCUACCGCAGCCUGGUGACCCCGGCCGAGCUCGCCAACACCCCAGGAACACUCCCCUCCCUCCCUCUGUUAUCCUCCUCUGUGCCCAUCAAACCCAUCAUGGCCCCUGAACCCUGCAUUACAGACCCUAUACCAAAGAAAAAGUCUCGCAAGUCAAGCAUGCCAAUAAAGAUAGAGAAGGAAGUGGUGGAGCGAGAUGAGCAGAUGGAUAAGGGCAGCAGCUCUGAGGACGAGGCUCCUCUACAGGGCAGGGACAGGGAAGAGUGUGAUGGAGGUCGAGCAGAGGGGCACAUGUGUGCUGGGGAGGAGAGGGAGGCCAGAGGGGCUUACGCUGGUGAAGAGAAGGAAAGGGAGGGCGCCAAGCAUCUGUUGGACCAAACAUUAGACAGAGAAAUGACAGCGAGGGAGGACAAAGAUGACGGGCUGAGGCAAGCUGAAACAGGGGUCAUCACCUGCGCAUCCUCCCCCUUCGAGGACAGACUGAUGGACAAUCACUGUGACAACAAUUUACUCAGUCAGGAACCCAAUGGCAACGAAGAGCGGGAGGACAGGGAGCAUGCUAACACUGACAAGAUGUCAGAGCUCAGAUGGGAUGAGGGUGAGCACAGGCUGACUAACGGGGGCGCUCUACAGCUCAUAGACCGUGAGAGGGAGGGAUCAGACGGCUGCUUGGAUGACUCCGAUCUGUCUCAACUCGACCCCAACGCUGACCUGCCACACCACUGUGAGAUCUGCAGUAAGACCUUUAAGAACCCCUACAGCGUCAAGAUGCACUACCAAAAUGUCCACCUGAAGGAGAUGCACAUGUGCACGGUGGACGGCUGCAACGCCGCCUUCCCCUCCCGCAGGAGCCGAGACAGACACAGUGCGAAUUUGAACCUGCACCACAAGCUGCUGACCAAAGACUCAUUCAGCCCAGCCAACACCCUGUACCUGCCCUCAUCCCACUGUAAAGACAGAGACUCUGUUGGCCUGGACUACUACCAGGACCAGCGGGACCUGCUCCAUCGAGAACCAACCAGCCAGACCUCCGUCAUCUUCCGAGGACACAAUCGCAUGGGCCUGGUCUUCCCAAUGAGCAAAAUGUCCACUGCACCAAACAGUGCUGAAGCAUCUCCCCUGGGAGAGAUGGAGGGAUUAGGAGGAGGAGGAGGAGGAGGAGGAGGAGGAAGUGGGGAGGAUGGGGCAGUCCUGGACCUGAGCACCUCCUCCGCCGCUCCACCUCGCGGCGGCGGCAGUGCUCGAUCUUCCUGGGACUCAGAUGGUGCCGGCAGUGAGGAAGGGGAAGGGAUUGAAGAGGAUGAGGAGGCGCUCCCCAUGGAGGACAGUGAGGAAAGCUGCGAUGGGAUGGGUGUGGGGGGGCCUGGGGGCGAGGAGUUGGCACUCGGGGGAGAGAGGACCCUGAGCUGCAUUGGGAAUGGGCAAGGCGGACUUCAGGGAGGUGGGGGUGGAUCUCCGAUAACCUGCCACGUCUGCCAAAAGGUCUACAGCAACAAGGGCACGUUCAGAGCUCAUUACAAGACUGUCCAUCUGCGACUGCUUCACAAGUGUAAAGUCCCCGGCUGCGACACGUCCUUCUCCUCGGUGCGAAGUCGAAACAGGCACAGCCAGAACCCGAACCUUCACAGGAACCUAGCUGUUAGUUCAGGUGCCACCAUGGACCAGGAGUAGGGAUGUGAGCUCAUACACCAACAUGACUGAUUUUCCUAAUUGUCUUUUUGUUGUUGUUGUUGUUGUUUUUGGGCACCUAAAGAAGGCUCACCAAUUAGCACUUUUUAAGUUCCACACCGUCGUCCAUCCUGUCAUCAUAUUUCAGAGAAAGAGGAGCAAAAACAAGUACAGAGUUCUUCUGCUGUGACAAAACUGAAACUCGAUUUUGUAACAAAUAAUUUUUUCUGCAAGGCAAAAAUUUGAUCAAGCUUUUCACACACCUAUCUGUGUUUACACAUCAACACACAAAGAAUAACUGAAACAAUCACUUGUCAGUAAAUUAAUUUUCAACAUUGAGAAAUACAACCUUAAAGGAACAGUGUGAAGGAUUUAGUGGCAUCUAGUGGUGAGGAUUACAGAUUGCAACCAGCUGAAACUUCUCCCAUGUGCCGAACAUAAACUCAACGGUGAACCAUUAACCGUCAAUGAGUUAACAAUAUUUUUGAGUGGUUACACGUCAUGCUAUGGGUUAAUUUUGCUACUCUACAGUUUAACAUUACUGGGCUGUGCACCACCCAGGUCUGGUGGGAGCUAGCUAACUAGCAGCACUGCUCAUUUGGCGAUUACCGCCAGUAACGCCAUCCCAACCCACCAACCCUGCCGUGGAAACAUUGUGCCCACCCUCCGGUCUCGGCCCAGCUCCCCCUGGUGAGUAAGUGGCUCAAUUUUGAACUGUUAAACCUUCACUGUUAGCUUUGGUACCACCCUUAGCGGUGUCACAGGGCUAGUGAUGCUAACAAAGUAAUAGUGCUAAAAGGGUACUGUGGCUCGAAAUGAAGCCGCUUACUCACCAGGGGCACCUCAGGGGAGACCGGAGGGUGGGCACAAUGCCUCCGCAGCAAUGCAUUCUGCCACUGGGACGACGUUACAAGCUGUAAUUGAGAAAAGAGUGGUGCUGCUAGCUAGCUAACAUUAGCUUCCACCCAAACCAGGUGGUUUGCCCAAGGAACCAGAGAUCGGAGGGUGUGCAGUGGGCCCGUUUCCACAAGUUAACGUGGCUGGCCUGCUGUCUGACAGCAAAGCCAACAGAAAUAAAAAAAAGAAGACAUUUAUAUCACAAAACAUGAAAAUUUCACCACCUCUAAAUGAUGGCGCUAAAGCUCACUGAGGCAAAAGAGUUUAGGCUAAAAGGAAAGGUUACUUGUAUUUCACGUCUUUUUUUUUUUAUUUUUUUUUG